AAAUAAAGUGCCGAUAAAGGGGCCAGAGAGACAGCGAAUAAGAGCUGGAUGACGCCCAUAGGGAGUUUGAUGUAUUGUAUUAAAAAGAGACACCAAGAUACCGUCCCUGCUUAAGGACAGAGAAUACAGCAAGUGUGCAAAAAAGAGUGAACACACUGCCACAAGUGCAGAGUGAGUGCUAGCAGGGUUUUAAAGUUUUAUGGAUAAAACACUUUGUGUUUUGAUGCAAUGGUUGAAACGUUUUGAGCAGAAGUGGACAGGGAGUGUCCGGUUAGAAAACGGGACGAGUUCAUUUUUAUUUAACUCCUGUUCCAGUAGAAGAUAAAACUGCUAAGAGGAGGAAAGUCAGCGAUGGGGGACAUCUCACCACAAAAAGAGGAACCUGACACCGACACAGCAGCUGCUGAGAUGGAGGCAGACAAAGAUAAGACAGAGUACGACAGAGCAUCAGCUCAAGACAAGAAUGAAAAUGAACAGGGGACAACAGAGGGAAAAAGAGGGGACCUAGUAGGAGGAGCCAAUGGGGAGAAUGCAGGGGCAGGGACAUCAGAAGCAGCCUAUGAGAAAGGAGGAGGAAGUCCGAGAGGGGAGGGGCUGGAGAGUGCUAAAGUUCAGGAGAAAAAUGACAGGCAACCAGCAGAGAUAGAGGAGGGAGUGACAGAGAAAGGGGAAGAUGAAGAGAAAGACAAAGAGAAGGGAGAAGCGCCAAGAGACAGCGAGAGAAACACAGAGGCAGGAAAGCAAAGCUUGGAAGAUGAGGAGAAGGAUGCUCAGGGCGCGGAGGGUGAAGAGGAGAAACAAGGUGACAAACGAGCGAGAGGCGAAACGAAGGCAGAGGCUGCAGAGAAUCCCAUGGGACGUGAGAAGGAGGCGGCGGGACCUGAGGAAGCGAAGGACGACGCGAAGGGAAGAGCAAAAACGAAAAGGAAGCCGACCCCCACGCCGAUCGGCCCUCCUUCCCUGUCCCGUCCCCGCAGCUCAGCGCACUCACUGCGAGGAUCUACAAAGAAAGACAUAAUGGCCAAGUUCCAGAAGGACGCUGGAGAGAAACCGGUCGCUCGCAAUUUUAAGGUGCAGAAGUCAUCUAUAGGUUUUGGGGGAGGCUCCAUCAAGCAAAAGGUGCUCCAAUGGUGUCAAAGCAAGACCCGGAAUUAUGAGAGCGUGUCCAUCGAGAACUUCUCCUCGUCCUGGGCGGACGGCCUCGCCUUCUGCGCCCUGGUCCAUCGCUUCUUCCCCGACGCCUUUGAUUUCUCCUCUCUUCGAGCGGACGAGAGAGAGAAAAACUUUACCCUGGCCUUCAGCACAGCAGAGUCAAAGGCUGACUGCUGCCCCCUAUUGGAGGUGGAGGAUAUGAUUUUAAUGGGGGACAAGCCUGACCCUCUGUGCGUCUUCACUUACGUGCAGUCCCUCUGUCAGCACCUGUCCAAGGUUGAGAAAGAAAGGAAAGAAAAGAAGGCAGCGAGCGAAGACAACCGGGGGGAAAGCAAGAAUGAACCUGGGGCUGAGGUGGAAGAGGGGAGCGUGGCGGAGGGUGAUAAGGGAGGUGGGGAGGCUGCAGAGGAAGCCAAGGGGAGAAGCGGAGGAGAGGGGGGAGAGGAAAAGGGUUUGGGGGAGGCGGCGAUGGAAGCCCAGGCCAAAGGCGAGGAGGGGGAUGGAGAGCAGGGGGAGCAAGGCAGCAGGCAGGGAGGCGAAGAGGAGGAGACAGUUGAGGAGGAACCAGACGCACCAGCUGUCUGACGUCUAAAAAAAACACAAGAAGGAAAAGCUGCAAGUAGCGACUCACUGAAGAGUACAGGACAAAGAGGACAGAAAAUGAAUGGCUCCAUAAGCUACGUCAUCAAGUCUUGGACUGAGAUAUGAUGGCAUGUGAAAGAGGCACAGUAGUGAAGAUAUUUCGGGUUUUCAAAAUCGUGCACGUUUUUGUGAAACAUCGAGGGGAAAAGCAAGCUUAAUGUUCUCCUCGAAAAACUGAGUAACGUCAUGCUUAUUUUUUUUAACAGCAUUCAGAAACACAAAUGUCAGGAUUGUCGUGUGAAUAAAAGAAAUGUUUCUGUAAAACAUCAAAA